UUCUCACCUGCACUGUUCCUUCGUUUCGUAUUGUCUAUCAUUUUCUCACUCUUUCUCUUCUUCGUUGUCCGAGCCUCCAAAAAUUCUCAGCUAGCAAACAUCAUAGCAAGGAGAAGAAGACGCGUAAACCCUAGGUAGACCCCAAAGCUCGAGCAACCUCUCGUCAAUGGAGUCUAUCUCGCGCCCUCUCUACAGAAAUCAAGCCUCCUCUGCGACUCUCUCCAAGAAACUGUUGAAUGCGAAUGGCUAUUUCUCCUCCAAGAACGCAUACGACGACGUUUUUGCUGGUCCGCCGAAGUUCGGAGCUCAGGCUUCGUCUCCUUCGGUUGAAGAUUAUGUUGAGAUUUUUGGUGGCUCUAAAGCUUCGCGUGCUUCUUCUAUUCCGAUUGUCGAUCUUUCGGCUCUGGAAGAAACGAAUGUUUCGGUUCAUGCUCGGAGGUCGAAACUCGAUUAUUCUAAAAUUUUCGGAGGUUUUCGCGAUGAAGAAAUUGCUUCAUCUUAUGAGGAAGUGUUUGCGAAACCAAAAAAAGGAGAAAAUUUCUCUAAGAAGGCACGGACUCCGGCCGAAACUGUAUCUCCUUGCAAAGGGUCAGAUCAUUUAAAUUAUUCUGAAGAGAGUCAAUUGUUUUCACAUCAAGCAUCUCAUGAAUCAUUUGAUGGUGGGAAGCAGUUUAACAUGUCUUUUCAUAAAUCCAAUCAAAAAAGAAACAAUGAAACGAAUGGGACAACCCACAUAGCUCAACUUCAUGCAGUUCCUGGAUUCACUUACUUUGUUGAUGAAAAAACUCCUCUGCAGAAGACAGAAUGCGAUAAAUCGGUGCCCUCGUUAAAAGGUGAUGUUAAUUUUGAUAUGGAUUUCAGGAAGGGGUUAAGGGAAGGAAAACAUCAUGGGAAGGCCGUGCCAAAUCUCACUACGCCGCACAAUUCUGACAGUGGGGUUAAAUUUGAUAGCAACUGUAGUCCUGAUAAAUUCCAUUCAAAUGAUAAGUCAUUUUAUGGCUAUGAAAUCAACCUUAAAACACAACCUUCUAAUUUUCCACCACCUUCAAGUCUGCCUACCAAAGUAGGUGGUGGUAAAGGUGAUUUCAAGAGAUCAACAACUUCGAACUCAAAGGUUUUUAAAAGUGAUGCUUCUAAAGGUGGUCCUGGUGACUCUUCACCGCCAUUUUCCGAUGAGGAAAUAGAUGUAAAUUCAGCAGCUGCUGCCCCUGCAGCAGCUUUGAGAAAAGCAAUAGAGAAGGCUCAAGCAAGUAUAAGAAUUGCGAAAGAAUCAAUGGAACGGAAGAAGGAAGGUUUCCGAAGUUUUCCGAAGCCAAGUUCUAAGAAUGGUUUGGAUGCUAAGGACAGAAGGGACAAAAAAGUUGCUGGUGAAACAAACAGAACAAAAAAGAAGAAUGCUAAUGGAAUACGUGAAAGAGUGGAUGCUGCAUCACAAGUUUUUGCUGGAAUUGAAAGGCAAACUGCAAUGAGAAGCGGCAAAGUAGCUCCAGAAUCCAAAGACAGUGAGAACCUUUUUAUUGCUAGAAACAUUGUUGUAGAAGCAGAUGGGAACAAAGCAGAAUUAACCAAAGAAUGUGAAGCAACCAGACCAUUUCCUGAAGUGGUAAGCACAAGUCAGCACAGAACAGCAACAAUAGUGUUCAAGCAAGCAGACAGCAAAAACAUUAUGCAAUCUGUAGAUGCCCAUGAAGGUGCAAGCAAGGAGAUGAAAACAGCUGAAGGAAUUUUUCAACAGCAAGAAGGAAAUGGUGUGAGAGUAGUUGAAGAAGCUCAUAAACUGGAUAAUAUGGAAAGGACACUGAAUGCAUUUAGAAUUGCGGAAGACUUGGAAGAGCAUGUGAUUAAAAUGGAAUCAGCUCAAGAGGUUCAUGGGCAGGACGAAAAUGAGGAAACAAGAGCUGCGCAUGAUGAUGAAACUAAGGACACACAACAAAAUUCCUGUGAGCAGGGAAAAUGUGAGAAGAUACUGAAAGAAACUCAUGAGCCAAUAGAAAUUGAAUUUUUCGAGUGCCAAGAGUGGAAUGAAAGUGAAAAUGAGAAGAGACCAAAUGAUGCCCAGGAGUGGAUGCAAAAUGAGAAGAAACAACAAGAGGUUCUCAAACAAGAAGAAAAUGAGAAGAUUAUAAAAGAUGCUAAUGAGAAGGAAGAAAAUGAAACCAGACUACCAAAGAUUCGUGAACAAGAAAAUGAGAAGAGACUUAAAGAGGCUUGGGAAUGCGUGGAUUAUGAAAAUAAAUUGAGAGAGUCCUGUGAGGGGGAAAGCAAUGAGAAGAGACACAAUGAUGCACACAAGGGAGAAGACAAUGAGAAGUGGUUGGACACGAUUAAUGAUCUGGAAAUAAUCAAGAAGAGAUUGAGUGACAAUUAUGAUGGCGGAGAAAGUGAGAAGAGACUAAAAGAGGACUCUAAGUGGGAGGGAAAUGAGAAGCAGCUUACAGAGGCUCAUGAAUAUGAUAAGAAGCUUGUAGAGGCUCAUGAAUAUGAAGAAACUGAGAGUAUACAGAGAGAGACUGACCAAUGCCGAGAUAAUGGGAAGACAAAAAUGAAUCAAGAAGCUGUUGAGGAAGAGAAGAGUCUUGAUGCAGCUAGUGAUGAAUGUAAGAGGGAUGCAAGUGAAAGCAUGAGUGGGACUCAAGAACCCCAUAUAAAUAAUGAAAAUGAUAACAACAUGGACAUAAAUCCAGAGGUUACUGCAUAUGAAAAGUGUGAGAGGAAACUGCAUUUUUACGAAUCUUUCUGUGAACUUAAAGAGAAUGAGAAGGAACAAGGAACGGUUGAGGUGGAAUAUGAGCUGGACGAGAAAGUUAUAUGUAAAGCAGCUGGCUUGGCUAAAAGUGCUGCUGAACACAUUGAGAUUGAAAACAGAAUGAAUCAUACCACUAAAGCCUUCCUUUUUGAUGACAAUCAGACAGAUACUGAUUUAAUCAAAACAAACUUUGGACAAGAACAAAUUGACCAGAAUGAGAAGGAAUCUGAAGUAGCCUCCGAUUCAGGAAAUCGUAUUGAGAGAUUGGAGCAUGAAUCAGGAGAAAAUGAUGAAAAAGUCGAGGCUGAGAUUGCCUUUGAUCAUGGAAAAGACGGUGAUUUUGAAACAGCUCAUGAGGAAAGUCUAGUGGUUGAUCUUGGAAACAAAUUGGACGCACCCCAACCACAAUCAGGAGAAGAUGAGGAGGCUGAAAUUGCCUUUGAUCAGGGAAAAGACGAUGAUUUUGAAACAGCUCAUGAGGAAAGUCUAGUGGUUGAUCUGGGAAACAAAUUGGACGCACCCCAACCACAAUCAGGAGAAGAUGAGGAGGCUGAAAUUGCCUUUGAUCAGGGAAAAGACAAUAAUUUUGAAACAGCUCAUGAGGAAAGUCAAGAGGUUGAAGUCGGGGAGGCUGAAAUUACCCUUGUUAAGGAGAGAGACAAUAAUAAUUUUGAAACAGCUCAUGAGGAGAAAGAAGAGGUCGAAACAGGAAACAAAUUGGAAGCAUCUCAACCAUCUAAGCUUUACAAUCUCGAAGGGAAAGAAAAAAUUGUGAAAAUAGAUGAGGAGAUCAAGUUAAACCAAAAUACCCGAAAGAAUGAGGCGAAUCUCAGUGGAUCCUUUGCAACGGAAGAUGAGGAAACCAAAGAAACUGUGCAAAUAGAAGUGAAGGUGGAAAAAGAGCACCUUCUAAAAACUGAUGAAGCAAACAAGAGGGAAAAAGAAAGAGAAAAAGAUAGAAUAGCUGUUGAAAGAGCAAUCCGUGAAGUUCGUGAGAGGGCAUUUGCUGAGGCUCGAGAAAGAGCUGAAAGAGCUGCCGUGGAGAGAGCAACUGCUGAAGCUCGCCAAAGAGUAAUGGCUGAAACCCGAGAAAAGUUUGAGAAGGCUUCUGCAGGGAAUAAAUCAUCAUCUGAGAAAGCUUCUGUUGAAGCUAAACUUAGAGCAGAGCGUGCUGCAGUAGAGAGAGCAACUGCAGAGGCUCGAGAGCGUGCCCUGGAAAAAUUAUUAUCCCAGAAGGCUACCUCUGUGGCAAGAGAACAGGCUGAAAGAAUUAUUGACGAGAGGUUUUCUGGUGCUUCCAGAGAUAAUGGAAUGACGGAGAGAUCUUCUUCCUUUGAUACGCAGAGAUCUAGCCAUAACGAAACUAAUGGUGAAUCAUCUGAGAGGCACAGGGCAAGUUUAGAGAGGCACCAAAGGACAAUGGAACGUGCGGCAAAAGCUCUUGCAGAAAAAAAUAAGCGUGAUCUUCGUGCUCAGAAGGAGCAAGCUGAGAGAAAUAGAUUAGCAGAAGUCCUGGAUGCUGACGUCAAGAGAUGGUCAAAUGGGAAGGAAGGCAACUUGCGUGCUUUGCUUUCAACACUACAAUAUAUUCUUGGUCCCGAUAGUGGUUGGCAACCUAUUUCCCUAACAGAGAUUGUAACAACUAAUGCCGUAAAGAAAGCUUACAGGAAAGCCACUCUUUAUGUUCAUCCUGAUAAGUUGCAGCAACGUGGUGCAAACAUUCAGCAAAAGUAUAUAUGUGAGAAAGUUUUCGAUCUUCUCAAGGCAGCUUGGAACAGAUUCAAUUCAGAAGAGAGGUAGAUGAUGUUUUGAAGUGGCACUGGCUGCAGAAAGGGUGCACUCUGUCUCUCUGUCUCUCUCUCUCUCUAUAUAUAUAUGUAUGUAUGUAUGCAUUAUUUAGAUGUUUUUGGAGAAAGAAAGGAAGGGCUAUGUAAUUGAUCUUUAAGAUAUGUUCAUUGAACAAACUGUAAACAUUCUUCUAGUUAUUUGUGCUCUUUCAGAGAGCGAGCUGCAAGUCUAUGAAACAACCGUCAUCAGUGGUCAAUCAAGAAAAAAAGAGUAAUAAGAAAAAGAAUUCAAGUCA